AUGGGACUGGCUAAGCUUUCCUUGGCCCUCCUGGCCUUCGCCGGGAGCGCCAUCGCUGAGAUGCAGACUAUUGAAGUCAAGGGCUCCAAGUUCUUUUACAAGAACGGAACUCAGUUCUACAUGAAGGGCAUUGCUUACCAGCAGGAAGUCGGUGCUGGUGGCUCUUCUUCAAAGCGAGCUGAUACCAAGAAGAAGAACUACGUCGACCCUCUCUCCGACGAGAAGAUUUGCAAGCGCGACGUCCCUCUCCUGAAGGAGCUCGGCACCAAUGUCAUCCGAACUUAUGCCAUUGACCCCACAGCCGACCACGCCGCCUGCAUGAAGCUGUUGCAGGAUGCUGGCAUCUACGUUGUCUCCGAUCUUAGCGAGCCCGACAACUCCAUCAACCGUGACACUCCUCAGUGGAACACUGAUCUCUUCGCUCGUUACACCGCCGUCAUUGAUGAACUCGCUCAGUACCCCAACGUUAUCGGUUUCUUCGCCGGUAACGAGGUUUCCAACGCUAAGAACAACACUGGUGCCUCUGCCUUCGUCAAGGCCGCUGUUCGUGAUUCCAAGGCCUACAUCAAGAACAACAAGAAGAUCACCCGCUGGCUCGGUGUUGGCUACGCCGCCAACGAUGACAAGGAUAUCCGCGCUGAGAUUGCCGACUACUUCAACUGCAACACUGUCGACGAGUCCAUCGAUUUCUGGGGCUACAACAUUUACUCUUGGUGCGGUAAGAGCUCCAUGCAGAAGUCCGGCUACGACCAGCAGGUCAAGUUCUUCGAGAACUACUCUGUCCCCGUCUUCUUUGCCGAGUAUGGUUGCAACAACGAGGGUGCUGCCAACCGUAUUUUCGACGAAACUGCCGCUCUCUACUCCGAUGCCAUGACCGGUGUUUUCAGCGGUGGUAUCGUCUACAUGUACUACCAGGAGGCCAACGACUACGGUCUGGUCAAGGUCACCGGCGACAAGGCCACCAAGCUCAAGGAUUUCGACGCCCUCAAGAACCAGAUCAAGAAAUCCGACCCCAAGACUGUCGAGAUGUCCUCCUACAAGCCUGGCGGCAAGAUGAACGAAUGCCCCAAGCUGACCGACAACUGGCAAGCCAACAAGGCCCUCCCUCCCUCACCCGAUAAGAACUUGUGCUCUUGCAUGGCUAAGUCUCGUGCUUGCGUCCCUAAGUCUGAUCUCCCCGUUAAGAAGUUCGGCGAUAUCUUCGGUUUCAUCUGCAAGGCCUCCCCUGAGUCUUGCGUCGGUAUUAACGGCAACGCCACCACCGGCGUCUACGGAGCCUACAGCAUGUGCAACGACCAGGAGAAGCUCGCCUACGUCCUCGAUGCCUACUACACUAGCCAGAAGAAGGCCAAGGAUGCUUGCGACUUCAAUGGUUCUGCUCAGCUCCAGACUGCAAACUCUGACUCCUCUUGCUCCAAUGCUUUGGCCAGCGCCAGCGACAUCAACAAGAAAGCUGCUACUGCCACUGCCCCUGUUGGUGGCGGCGGUGCCCAGGCUACCAGCACUGGCGACAGCUUUGCUGUUCACGGUGCCCCAGUUGCCCGAGUCUUUGCCAUCGGCGACUUUGCCGUUGGUCUGUACAUGUUGGUGGCCCUCUGCGUUGGUGCUGGUAUGGUUGCUCUGUAA